AUGGGCGCCGCGGAGACGUACGCGGGGAAGCGCCCGCCGCCGCCGCCGCCGCGUCGAGCGGAGAAGCGCGCGCGCGAGGACGACGGCGACGGUGCCGCGUUUGAACUCCCGGUGGAGGAUGGGGUGGAUUUUUCAAUGAAGAUGUGGACGCGAGAGGGCGAGCGCGCGUCGAAAUCGCGCCCGGCGCGCACGCAGUACGAUCCGGAGACGGGGCCGAGGAUUCGACAUCGAUCGGACGACGCGAAGGGAGACUUUAACGUGUGGUGGGGGAAGCACGCGACGGCGAGCGGGUCGACGGCGCGGGAUUUUAACUCGGCGGUGAAGGCGACGACGCGGUGCGCACCGAUCUUAGACGCGGGCGUGACGAAGGGAGAUGGGAAUGGAACGAGCUCGGUGUGCGUGCACUUCGCUCGAGGGUGUUGCACCGUGGGGGCGGCGUGCGAGUACUUGCAUAGGUUGCCGACGGCGUUCGACGACGCGACUAAUCACAUGAUGUACGAUAUAUUCGGGCGGCCGAAGCAUCACACUGAGCGAGACGAUAACGGUGGCACGGGAUCAUACAUGCGAAUCGGUCGCACGCUGUACAUGUUCUUCGGUGGCGCCGUGGAUCCAAAGUGGGGGGCGAGGAAGGUGUACGAAGAAGUCGCGAACCAGUUCGGCGAGUUCGGUCCCAUCGAGGACGUAACCGUGAAGUUUGAGCGGCGGUUCGCGUUCGUUCGAUAUAAGUUUCGCGCAUCUGCCGAAUUCGCCAAGGAAGCGAUGGCGGGGCAGACGUUGUGGACGGACGACUCCGCGGAGCCGCUCAACGUACGCUGGGCGAAUGACGACCCGAAUCCCAUCGCCAUCGUUCGCGUCGCGAACGAGCAGGAGGAAAAGGUUCGGGAUAUGUUCCUGCGGAGCGAAAAGGCGCAAGAAUUACUUCGCAGGGAGCGAAUGAAGAUGAAGGGCGAGCUUGCGUUCGAGGAUGGAUCGGAGGGGAAGGAUGGAAAGUCGGCGCUCGACGAGGCGCCGGUGUCGUUUGAUCCCGCCGAUUACGACGAAGCCGAGGACGAUAGUAAGGAGUAG